AUGGUGUUAGCUAUAAGAAAACUUGUAUUGUAUAAUUUAGGUGACGAUAACUAUUACCACGCAGAAGAGAAAAAUUCCUCAAAGCCCACAUCACCGGUCAGCAAGACACGGCGCCUCUCACAAACUUCGGGAAUUUCCGCAGCGUCCAGGAACUCCCAACGCAAGUCGUCAUUGAACAGGCGUCUCUCACAAACAUCGGGGAUUUCCGCAGUCUCAAAACACUCCAAGUCAUCCUUGAGCAAAACACCCGGAAGUUUCCUAAACCACGCCCUCUACCAGGACAGCUUCAACACAGAACAACCACCAUCGAACCCCAUCCCCAGAAGUCGUCUAGAUAACGGGCUCAAAUCUAAAACACCUAAAAGCAAACUCUCCACGCAUGCGCACCACAAAAAAAACAGCACCAGACGCAUGUCUAAGACCGCGCCUCUGCUGAACACGACCUCCUACUACCACGGGGACUUCAUCGACGAGAACCUGCUGAUCUCGGCCACCAAGCUCGACAGCACCCUCAUCCGGUUGUUCUCACAGACGCGAGACAAACACAACGACCUUGAGAACCGUGCGUCAGACGACAAGCUCAUCCCUUACCUGAACUACCUGGAGUCAGACCUGAUCAGCAUGGACGCCGUCCUGUGGCGCGUCCACCCGAUGGAGGCGGCCCACAAGGAGACGCUGGAGCAAGAGUUGCCGUUCAUUGAGGGCAACAUACAGCCAAGGGAGGUCAUCCGAGAUUUGUAUCAAGAUGAGAUUCUAACUCAUAUGGACUUUACACAAUUUACAAGAACUGAAGGUCAAGGUGAGCGAGCGGUCAACAGACUGCUGGUGAAGACACUCCAGAGACGUGGGGACAAGGCCUACCCAGCCUUUGUUGGGGUGCUGAAGAAACUCGACUACACGCACGUCUGUGAUAGGCUCAGGGACACGGAGGCCGUCAUCAGACAGGGCAUGAAGGACGACGGUUCGGAUCUCGCCCGGAGGAUGGAAGAGGAAAAUCUACGCCAUCUCCACCGCCAGAUGGCGCCCAACACACCUUUCACCGUCAUCAACACACCUGGUUAUGACAGCGACACGGAUGAAACCCAUCGGCCCCAGGCCUACACCCCCCAGACAGUCCCGGCCACCACAGAACUGGCCGUCGACCAGACGCAGCUGGACAGUCACGUGAUGGACUCCAAGGUCCUCGAGCAGCAUCUGCGUGACCUGAGCGCCGAGCUGCAGGCCCUGCAACAUGACGUCAGUGCACUGCGGACCCUGCAGGAGUCAAGGACAAGUGAAGACCUGACUCUAAAAGUUGACGCUGACCUAGAUUCUCAGACGCCGGAAGUUGAAACCCCAGAAGCCAAUAUUACGGUGGAUGAGAAAUCAAAAUCACAAAAAAGUGGAUCAUGUUCGAUUUUAUGA